GUUGCUACAAGCAAACAAACAAAAAUCUAUUUCGUUAGAGAAUUACAGUCAAUAUGGUCGGUAUGGUCAACAUGGACUCGUAUCAUCCGGAAGUGGACAACCGGAAAAUUUUAUGUCCCGAGAACCUCGAGGACCUGAUCGCAAAGUUUUCAUCCAAUUCAAUGUCAUUCAAAGUAGCUGUUGACAAGGAAUCCUACAAUGCGAAUGAUUGUGUCAAUGGCGAAGUGACUAUCAACUCAGACCAAGCUAGAGAGUUACCGAUCGUAAAAGUGGCGCUUUGCUGUCGCAUGAGGUGGCAUUAUGGAGACGCCAGCUCGAUAUAUACAAUCUACAGGGAAAGCAAGACUUUAGCACAAAACCACAGAAUAGAACAGGGCCCUAACACGAUACCGUUCGCUUUCACUCUGCCAACUGAAGUUCUGAGUUCUUUAGAGCACAAUCUAAUCAAUGUCUCAUGGGAUGCAAGACUUCUUUCUUGCGAGUCUUCAUGCAACAUGGGCGCGGUUGCAUAUACUAGGUUUCAGGUUUCAUCAUUGUACCGAUCCAACUCCGUGGCCCCCCGAACGCUGGGCGAGAUUAGCGCUUAUAUGAAAAACACAGUGGCGGUGCGAGCCGAGGCGAGUUUACAAGAAGAUGUACAUGUUACCGGUGAACCUAUACAUUGUAAUAUCGAGCUGCUCAAGCUACAUGCUAAUACUAAAGUGCGCCGCGUUAAAGCCACUUUGAAACAGCAAGUGACAUCACAAUUUUUGACCGAUCAAAUGGACCGUACAAGUGUUAUUGACACUGCAACCAUUGUCCAUGUAUCCCGAAUGCCAAGCUGGGAACCUGUAGCAAAAGACAACAAGGCCCUCAGUAUCAAUCUCGAUGUGGUUUUAUUGGCGGAUAUCCCAAAGAAGUUGAAGUCCAGUGUUGCGGUACAAAAACACGCACGUGACGGUUUGCACCUUACACCAACUACGUGCGUCUUCGGCACUGCAGACAGCCCUGCUCUAUCGGUUUCCUACAGCAUAGAAGUAUGUAUUGAGACCAGCACAGGCGCCGACCUAAAACUAUCUGUUCCCUUCACGUUACAAGGAUCCAUUGAUAAAACACCACGCCCUGUGGUGGAGAAGCUGGAAGAUUGCUUUAAAACGUUGGCGUUGACGGACGACAGUCCUCCGAUAUAUGAGGAUUUUGUACGCGAGUCGGAGUCUACAGUCUCUCCAAAGUAUUACGCGCCAGUUGACACCAAUACGGAUUCCUGUGGCAGUGAUGAAUUCGACGACGACAAGACACUCCAUUCUCGAACGACAUUUCCCAUUCCAGGAAUGGGCAGUCCUCAGUUCUUGAAAAAACUUAUGUCCUAUAGCCGGAGUAAGCCUCGGAGAAAAAAAUUACCCAGAACAUCGGUCUGGCCUCUGAUGCAGACUUCAUGAAAAUCAGACUUUAGCGGCUAAGGCACCGGUGCGUGUUGUGCUGAGUGAAUAAAUAAAUAUACGAUUCCUUGUAAAAUGUGAAUGAUUAUAGAAUUAGUUAAUUAAGUCACCUUUUUAGUUUUUGCCUUAUAGGGCAGGAGGCGGCUGCAAAUAUGGACUGAAAAAUAACAUAUCAUCUUUUUUUGUGUUCAAGUUUUAUUAAACAAAAACGAAAAGCAUGGAUAAAUAUUUUAUUUAGCUGAAAACUACAAUAUUGCAUAUUUAUUUACAUAAAC